CUGGACUGGCUGGACUGGCUGGACUGGACGGGCCGUGCUCCGGGGAGCCGACCGCCGCGCCGGCCCGCGCACUUCAGCCAGCCUUGGCCAGCCCCAGCCGGCCCUGCUCCACGAGCUCCACGCCGCUCCCGUAGUCCAGUACCAUCCAGUACCGGGCGGCCGGUCGCCGGGACACAUUCUACUGCUGCGCUCUCGCUCUAGCCCGCGCUCUAGCCCGCGCUCUUCUGGGCCGCUCUGCCAAACGCUCUCUGUCCGUUCUGUCAGUCGCUCUCUUCCAACCCGACUCGCACCUCGACACCCUCUUCGACGCCCUCUUCCAAGCCUCUCUGGACUGUGCUGUGAUUGUGUUUGUGUCUGUGUGGCUCUGCCUUCUCUGUGAGACUUCUCGUCUGAGACUCCUUCCUUAUUUUCGUCUCGUCUUCCCUCCGGCCGACCCUGCCGACUGCCAACAAGAUGCACGCCGCCACCUCCACCACGCUGCUGCUGCUGCUGCUCGGCCUGGCCCUGGCCGCCGUCCCCGACGCAGCCCGCAAGCCUGCGCCGGCCGCGGACGGCACGGCCUCCACCACGCUGGGCGCCAAGAAGCUGGCCACGGCCAGCCAGUGCACCGGCGCGGUGGCCUUCUCCGGCGCGGGGCUCAAGGGCGGCGCGGCCAAGGACGCGCCCCUCGCCCUGCGCACCACCCUGCUGGACAAGGGCGUCGGCUGGAAGCCCGCGGACGGCGAGUUCGUCUGCUACUGCCCCGGCACCUACCAGUUCGCCUUCGCCGGCGACGCCGCCGCCAAGCUGGUGCUCAAGAAGAAGCAGGCGGGCGGCUCGGCGUGGACGCCGAUCGUGGCGGGGCCGCAGCACGUCGUCAUCCUGGACAUGGAGCUGGGCGAGGCGGUGGCCGUGUUCCUCGAGGGCGGCAGCCAGCACGCCGACGCCAGCGCCACGCCGGCGCUCACCUUCUCCGGCUUCCGCAUCGCCAAGAAGCAGUAGGUCCUCCGCGACGGUACAAGAUAAAACAACGCCUGCUGGAAACGAACGUCUCAUACCUGACAGUAGCAGCUGAAGCUUAUUGGGGUUCGACUCAGAGUUGACAUUGAAGGAAAACAAAUGAACUGAACUUUCCCACCAUAUUUUAUCCUACUUACUCUUUUUCUGUUAGUUACCGUGCACAUAGUAUGCCUGUCUCCGGGAAGGCUGGAUGAGGAGCACCCCACGGUCUUCAUUGUGUCCAUUGCCCGCAGGACACACUCUUUCAUGACUGUUCUUCUCCUAGUUUCUUUCUUCAUUUCUUUAUUUUAGUUCUUAUUUCUUUUCGGUAUUCUUCUCUAUCUUCAUUUAAGUUCUGUCUUCCUUUCCGUCUUUCUUCCUGUUUGUGCCUUCCUUUCAUUCUUCAAAAUUUAUUUCGCCUAUCUUUCUUUUUCAUCCAGUUAGUCUUUCUCUUCUCUUUAUACUGUAUGUGAUCCGUACCUUGGGUAUUUCAAUCUCCUUCCGAUUGAUAGAUUUACUUAUAUGUCCUUGUUUCACCUCUCAGUAUUCUGUUAAGUUUCCUCUUUUUCUCAUGUGUUGCCAUAUUUUCUUUCCUGACGCUUCUUUCACUUAAACCUUCCUUGUAUCUUUCUUUUUCUACCAUCCUCGUUUCUUUCAAUUUUAUUUUUUUUCUUCUUUCUUUCACUUUCGCCCUUCUUAUUUCUUUCACUUCCACCUUCCUUCCUUCCUUGUUUGUUUGUUUCUUUUCUACCUUUCUUGUUUGUUUGUUUCUUUUCUACCUUUCUUGUUUGUUUGUUUCUUUUCUACCUUUCUUGUUUCUUUCACUUCUACCUUCCUUGUUUCUGUCACUUCCGCCUUGCUUGUUUUGUUUUCCUCUCUUUCCUUCUCUGUCCCUUUCACUUCUAUUUUCCCAGCUUCUUUCGAUGCUGCCUUCCUUACAUCUUUCUUUUAUAUACUAUGAUCUCUACCUAAGUAUUCCAAUAAAACUUUCUUCUGUUCUACUGUUUGUUUUCUUGACUUGUACGAUCUUUUCCUCAUCUUGCCUUUCCUGCCUCAAAGUCCCUUUUUCUGUCGUCUGUGCACCUGUACUUUUCCGUUUUCUGUUCUAAUGUAGAACUUCUUUCUCGCAUUUCAUUCGUGCUCUUGCUCUCACUCUCUUUAUUCUAAUUUCUUCAAUAUUACUGUUCCUUUUCUUUUAAGAGUCUUCAUCACUUUUGUGUUCAUGAUUUUCGUCCUCGUUCACUCUUAUUCUUUUUUCUGCCUUCCUUGUCUCUUAGCAGGGGUCUCAAAGAGUAGACGACGCGCGGGCCGCAGGGGUCAGACCUCUCUGUCGUACGCACGCACGCAUUGGGCCAUCUAGCCAGGUCAAUUCGGCCCGCGGCACCCCUGUCCUUUACUGUCCUAUUUUGGCACUCUCUGCCUUCCUUUUUUACUUUGAGUUUCCUUUUCAUUUACUGUUCUACUUUGACCUUCUCACUGCCUGCUUUGUUCAUUACUAUCCUACUUUGACCCUUUCUGUCCUUGUCCUUUACUGUCCUACUUCGACCCUGUGUCUACCUGUCUAUUACUAUCCUGGCCCUUUUCUGCCUUUCUUGUCCUUUACUGUCCUACUUUGAUCCUUUAUGUCCUUCUGUCUCUUUUCUAUCUUUCUCUGGCAUUAUCUGUUUUUCUUCUGUUCUCGUCAAUCAUUUCUUAUAUUUCUCUUAUUUUUCAGAAAAUGGAUGAACCAUUUUUGUUUUCCUCUCCAUCUUGCUCAACUUCCCUACCAUUUCUUUCACUUUGCCUCUUUCUCUUACUCUUUAUCUUCUAUUAUAUUUUAUUCUACAGAAAAAAUAUUUUUCUUGUUUUGGAUUUCCUCUAUGCUCUUUUUUUCCUCUCUUUCUCUGUCAGUCUCUCUUGCUCUCUUUGUCGAUUUUCCUCUUACUUUCGCUUUCCAUGUCAACUUCCUGUUCUGCCAAGCUAUUUUCCUUCAUUCUUCUUCUUCCUUUACUUUUCCAAGUCCAUACACUUUGGACAAUACUGGAGCUUCACUUUUUUAUUUCCUUGACGAUCUUCGCGGAAUCUCUCUGAGGGUGGGGGGUGCUCCAACACGUUAUCGACGCGUCUCCCAUGCUGCGAUGAGGAAAGGGGGUGGGGUUGUACGUUGAACGUACACUUGCACCUUUGAGUGGACCAUACUCCAAGUAGGCACUAAAGCCAAAAGCUCCUCCCACCCCCUAUUCAGCGAUGGGGUUCAUGCUGCCUUCCCGGACGUUGAAACUAACUGAGCCGCUCAUUGUCUGUGAUUUGAUUUCGUAUCUCUUGUACAAACACCUUCGCACUCUUUGUACGACUUGAAUAUUUAGGGUUGCGCUUCCUGUGAUAAUUUUACUACUUUGUAACCCUUUAAAGACUGCUCCACUUUCUCUCUCCUUCUUCCUUUUCGUUUGGCUUAUUCUUCAAUUCUGGAACGUCGAGGAUGUUCCAGACGUACUUGUGCUAUCUAGUCUACAAAACGAAGUUAACUUGAAAUGAAUUCCAACUCACCACUUCCUUGUCAUUUUUCUUCUCCCGUUUCCACCCAAGGAAAACACAGUCGUCAUGAAAUGCAAGGUCAUGGUGACGCAUGUGCACACUCUUGACGGAGACUAUUUCACAAAUCGUGACGAAAAGGCGUCAUAUUGUUAAUACAAUGUCGAGCCGUGAAUGUGUCAAUCUUCUUCUCUUUGCGCUCUUUCCUCUUCUGUCACGUGUUAGUGAGUUUGCGAUGCUGUUUGACCCGGUCGGUCGUGGAAAUGCAUUGGCGCCUUCACGUUUCUCCUUUUGUCAUGCUAUCCUUUUCUGUCAUGUUGACUCAUUUCAUGUCGCCAUUGAACUGAAAUUCGAUUUUCCAUCUUUUUUCAGUCAUCUUCUCUCACGAAUCAGCCCAUCUCAUUUGCCAUCGCUUCAAAACUUUUUUUUUCCUGUCCUUCAUCUCUCCCUGUUGUUUCGCUCCGCUCUUUCUGUUUCCUCUUUUACAUCUCCUUCUACUUCAUCUUCUUUACUUAUGCUCCUCUUGACUUUCUUUAACUCGUUCUUCCUCAUUUCCUCUCAUCUUUCGUUUCUUUUCCCGCAGCGUUUUAGGUGUAGCGCCUGCGAGGUUGAGGAUAGGCUAGCCCGCUCCACAUGCGUGUUGUGCGUGACUGCCUACCCUCGACUUGACAGGCGCUUGCCGCUCUGCCGCGCCCCAGGCCACUCUCCGUCGGGCUCACAAAUUUCUUGACCGGCUCUGCUCUCAUUUGUUUCUCCUCAUCCUGGCAUCUGCCCUGCUUCAUCGUUUCCUCUUCCUUCGACUUUCCCCCUUUCUGAAUGCUUGCGUCUUGCGUCCGGCCGGGUCAAUACAACAAUCGCAAAAUUUUGAAUGUUGUUGAAGUUUGUUUCGUUUCUUUGUAUCCCUUUUUCUGUGUGAACCAUUGAGAAUACUACUAUUUGUUAAAGAACACAAAUAAAUCUACAUUUUAUAAAAA